AUGGCUUUCCGAUUUAAUUUUUCUAUCGAUGAAAACGAGAACAAUGAAUCAGACGCACAUGAUAAAGUGGACUUACAGCUGUGCUCUCCAAAACACGCACAGGAAUGGGCAGAAAAGACCAAGCAAAUCGUGAAUCCCGUAGCAGACUCCAGCCCAAGGCCGGGCACCGAUGAGCAGCGAGAUGAGAUGCCAUCCAAGAAAAAGCUCCUCUUUAAAGCUGCCAAGGAGCACGAUAUUCCUGAAGAUCUCAACAAAGCAUUGGAAAAUAAAGUCAUGGAAAGAGUAUCAGACCUGUAUUAUGUAAACAUGUCUGUAGUAGAAAUGAUAUGUUUGGAUGGCGCUGACAGAGAAGGCAUUGUGUCUAAAAGUGUUUCUUCUCACUCCGAUCUCAUCCCAGGAGUCUAUGAGGGAGGACUGAAAAUCUGGGAAUGCACCUUCGAUCUCAUAGACUAUUUUUCCGAGGCUGAAAUACAGUUUACAGACAAGACUGUACUGGAUCUCGGCUGCGGGGCUGGACUGCUGGGAAUCGUUGCGUUAAAGGGAAAAGCUGAAAAAGUUCAUUUUCAGGACUACAACAGCACAGUGAUUGAUGAAAUAACCUUGCCUAACACCGUGGCUAACUGUAUAAAUGAAGGCAGUAGGAUGGGCAGUGGAGGCGAUGGAAAAACGAGCGAGCCUCCUUCGAAGAGGCCCAAGAAAGCAGAGCGCUCGCCUGAUGCGCUCACCAAAUGCAGAUUCUUUUCCGGAGAGUGGUCUGAAGUCAGCCAGCUGCUGUUAAACAGCAACAAAACCUUUUCAAAGUACGACAUAAUUCUCACAUCUGAGACUAUCUAUAACCCUGACUACUACGGUGCUUUGCACGAUACCCUGGCUCAGCUCUUGGAUAAAAACGGCCGUGUGUAUUUGGGAAGCAAAGCACAUUAUUUUGGGGUUGGUGGUGGUAUUUAUCUCUUUGAGAAAUUUGUUGAAGAAAGAAAGGUGUUUAGGACCAGCAUAGUUAAAAUCAUUGAUAAAGGACUGCAGCGAUGUAUUAUGGAAAUGGCCUUUAAAGAUUCCAGUUAAAAUUCAAACACUGGUC